AUGGAUCAUCAUGACUGGCAGCGAGGGAGAAGUAGAGGUCACAGGCGCUACGAUGAUGAAGAAGAGGGCCAGCCUGUCUACAUCGGUGUUCCAGUCACCCACAGACGGAAAAGGCGCAGACAUCAUUCCCAUGUCAGUGAUGCCGAGCGGGACACACGGCACACACACUAUGACCGCCACACACACCGUGAACACUCACACAGGGGAUACUACCAGGACAGAGAAGAGCACUCUGACGACGACGAGGGCAGCACAGAGCCUCAGGAGCACUCCGACCUCUCAGUAUCUCCUGCAGCAGAGCGACUGCGCCACAUUCUGGGGGAUGAUGACAGCACCCCAACACCUACAAUAUUCACUGAGAUGGACACACUACAACACGAGGGGGAUGAGUUGGAAUGGAAAGAGUCUGCGAGGUGGGUGAAGUUUGAGGAGAAAGUGGAGGAGGGAGGAGAGAGAUGGAGCAAGCCUCACGUCUCCACGCUGACCCUGCACAGCCUGUUUGAGCUCAGGACGUGUCUGCAGACGGGAAGCAUUCUGCUCGACCUGGAAGGCUACUCACUGCCACAGAUAGUGGAUGAAAUUGUGGAUCGGCAGAUAGCUGACGGUCUCGUUGCACCGGAUCUGAAGGAGAAGAUCAGCUUUGUGUUGCUCAGAAAGCACCGUCACCAGACCAAGAAACCAAUCCACCGCUCACUUGCAGACAUUGGAAAGUCCUCAAACCCUGCUUCCAACCGUAGUCCUCAUGCUAAUCUGAAUCGUAGCACUAGUUCAGCCUCUGGGAUUCACCGCUCCACAGAAGACCUACGCUCUCGACAGUCAGGCAGCCUCGGUCACCUGCAUCCUGCCCAGAGCCGAAGCAUGAACGACAUUUCAGACACACCAAGCACAGACCAGUUGAAGAAUAAGUUCAUGAAGAAGAUUCCUCGUGAUGCCGAAGCAUCCAAUGUCCUGAUUGGUGAAGUGGACUUCCUGGACAAACCCUUUGUGUCUUUUGUACGCUUGGCCCAGGCCACGACUCUGGGAGGCCUAACGGAGGUCCCUGUGCCGACCAGGUUUCUCUUCAUUCUGCUCGGUCCUCAUGGCAAAACCAAGUCCUACAAUGAAAUUGGAAGAGCGAUUGCGACGCUCAUGGUGGAUGAUCUCUUCAGUGAUGUUGCCUAUAAAGCGAGGGACCGCGAUGACCUGAUUGCAGGUGUCGAUGAAUUUCUAGAUGAGGUGAUUGUUCUACCCCCAGGAGAAUGGGACCCCAAAAUACGCAUCGAGCCUCCCAAGAAGGUUCCAUCUGCAGAAAUGAGGAAGUCAGUAAUGAACCUGAGUGAGUUGGGUCAAAUGAAUGGCUCGGCGAGUGGGGCAGCCGGGGGAGAAGACGAGGAAAUUCCAGCGCCACAUGAGCUUGGAGAGGAGCUGAAAUUCACUGGGAGGUUUGCAGGUGGAUUAUGGCUUGACAUCAAACGGAAGAUCCCAUGGUAUUGCAGUGAUAUCUACGACGGCUUCCAUAUCCAGUCCAUCUCUGCUGUGCUCUUUAUCUACCUGGGUUGCAUCACCAAUGCCAUCACCUUUGGAGGACUGCUAGGGGAUGCUACUGACAACUACCAGGGGGUGAUGGAAAGCUUCCUUGGCACGGCUUUAGCAGGGACUGUCUUUUGUGUGUUUGGCGGGCAACCUCUCAUCAUCCUCAGUUCAACUGGACCCAUCCUUAUCUUUGAGAAACUGCUUUAUGAAUUCAGCAAGAGCAAUAACAUAGACUACAUGGAGCUGCGUCUGUGGAUUGGCCUUCAUUCAUGUCUACAGUGUUUUUUGCUGGUAAUAACAGAUGCUAGCUACAUUAUCAAGUACAUGACCCGCUUUACAGAGGAAGGUUUCUCCAGCCUCAUCUCCUUCAUAUUCAUCUCUGAUGCCAUAAAGAAGAUGGUAGGAGCCCUUAAGUAUUACCCAAUCAACCGCAGCUUUAAGCCAGACUACAUCAUUGGCUAUAGGUGUGACUGUAUCCCACCAGACCAGGCAUCUGUUAAUGUUUCAGCUCCACUGGCAGACGAUAAUCUGACUCUGUUGUUUAACUUGACGGACAUGGGCUGGGGUCAGAUGAGUAAGAAAGACUGUGUCAAGUAUGGAGGCACGCUGGUGGGGAACGCCUGUAAGUAUGUUCCUGACCUGGCCCUCAUGUCCUUCAUCCUCUUCUUCGGCACCUACUCCAUGACGGUUUCUCUCAAGAAGUUCAAGUUCAGCCGCUACUUCCCGACAAAGGUCCGUGCCCUUGUAAGUGAUUUUGCCAUCAUCAUUUCUAUCCUGAUCUUCUGUGGACUGGAUAGCCUGCUCGCUCUGGAGACCCCCAAACUGCACGUUCCCACUGAGCUCAAGCUGAGGAAGCUAAUCAGUGAUUUUUCCAUCUUCAUGUCGAUCAUGUGUUUUGUGGGUCUGGAUAUGUUGAUUGGGUUAGACACGCCCAAACUAAUCGUUCCUACUGAGUUCAAGCCUACACGUUCGGAUCGAGGCUGGUUGGUGAUGCCGUUUGGUAAAAACCCCUGGUGGUGGUAUCUGGCCAGCUCGGUCCCCGCUCUCCUGGUCACCAUCCUCAUCUUCAUGGACCAGCAGAUCAGCGCCGUCAUCGUCAACCGCAAGGAGAACAAACUGAAGAAAGGUUGUGGCUACCACUUGGACCUGUUCUGGGUGGGGGUCCUGAUGGCCGUGUGCUCCUUCAUGGGUCUGCCCUGGUACGUAGCCGCCACCGUCAUCUCCAUCGCUCACAUCGACUCUCUGAAGAUGGAGAGCGAGUCCAGCGCUCCCGGAGAGCAGCCGCAGUUUCUCGGCGUCAGAGAGCAGAGGUUGACAGGAAUUCUGGUUUUUGUCCUGACGGGACUUUCAGUUUUCCUUGCUCCCAUUCUCCAGUACAUCCCAAUGCCAGUCCUGUACGGAGUGUUCCUGUACAUGGGCGUGGCCUCACUCAGUGGCAUCCAGUUCUGGGAGCGUAUCAAGCUGUAUCUGAUGCCCGCCAAACACCAGCCGGACUUCUCCUUCCUGCGUCACGUUCCUCUGAGACGGGUCCAUCUGUUCACCCUGGUGCAGAUCCUCUGUUUGGCAGUGCUCUGGAUCCUGAAGUCCACAUUCCUGGCCAUCAUCUUCCCAGUGAUGAUUCUCGGUCUGAUGGUCGUACGGAAGCUUCUGGAUCUGAUGUUCUCACAACACGACCUGGCCUGGCUGGACGACAUCCUACCUGACAAAGACAAGAAGAAGAAGGAGGAUGACAAGAAGAAGAAGAAGAAGGCGGCAGAGCCAGAGAGCGAUGAGGAGCCAAACAGCUCCGCCCCCCCUCAAGUGCAGAUCCCCAUGGAGGCCAUAGAGCCCCAAACAGAGCCAGUUCUGGACACUGUUAACCCUCCCACCCAAAACCAAACCUCUGAUUGAGACCAACCCGUACUCGACCGUCACAUCCGAUCAAAACGAAUUAGACCGCAGGUACUGUGUGCUGAAACUGCACGUGCCCUACAGGGAUCUGAUUAGCUCACCUGACACAAACUGGCAGAAGCAACAAACCUGACACCAUCAGACAACCACAAACUAUUUAGUUACAGCAUCAAAACAAACCGGCUGCAUCACUUCUAAGCGACUGUAUGUUGGCUAAUGAUUUGGGGUAUUUUGAUUGUUAAUAUUUUGGUUUUUUUUUAAGUACAUUGCAGAGAGAUUACUGUGUACAGUUCAGAGUAUGUUUAGAAAAUAAAAGUAGUAAACACUCUAGGUCAGGAGUUUUCAAAGUUGAGACCCCUCGCCCUCUUACAGCCCCUCCCCCCUCACCCUUCUACAUUUUCCCCAGAAUGCUUUGGGAGAAAUAGACAGGAAUUAUUUUAAGAACAUGGAUUCAGUGAGUUACACUUUUGGUCUACAACUUAAACUCCCCUUUUUUUAAUUGUUAACAUUUUGGCAAAGUGGUGUCAAUGAAAGACUGCUGAAUAAACUUAUAAGCAGUCAUCAACAAUCUCUGAUACUGAAGCAAACUUCAAAACAAGUUAUGUCGUGACAGGGUGCAUUUUUGUUUGCUUGAUUUCUACGCAGAUUAACUUUGGACUUUUAAGUCAUGACGGACAAACAGAAAGAAAAUAUAUCCUCAAAAUUGUAAGUCACAACAAAUGUUAAAAUAAGACAACCUUACAUGAAUAACUUCCAGUGGAUUUUGGAAUACCUGCAUGUAACCUGUCCUCAAAGUCUCCUGCAAACUCCUGGUUUGGGGGGGGGGCUGUUUAAAAAACCCCUGUUCUAGAUCUUAGCUUUGAUGCAGCCCCACUUCCUGUAGUUUUCUGCUGUUUAUUGUAAUCACUGUAGGCCCUGGCAUAUCUAGACAGGCUGUUAUAAUCAUGUUGCUGUGUGGGUUAUGACCUGAAGGGUCUCUCUGACCUGUCACUGAUACAGACAAAAACAUAAUUCAGUUGUAAACCUUUGAUUAGAGAUGUGCAGAUUUCAUAUUUUGGAUAUAUUUAGCUUUGAGUGGUCAAAAUGUUAAAAGAGAGAAAAUCUCUUGGAUUGUAAGAUUGUGUAGCGUUAUUCUGGCACCUGAUGUAAAUAUUUAUUAUGUGUGAGUUUUUGUCUGUUAUUAUUUCUUUUCAGGGAGUUAUUUUACAGAUGGCCGGAAGGUCUUUACACUCUGCAAAUAUAAAUAUAUAGACAGAGAGAGAGGGAGAGAGAGAGGGCGCUGUCUUUCAUGCUUUUAAAGUAACAGUUUAAUUAUUUUUGAUUUUUUUUUUUUAACAUUAUUCCCAGAAUUUUAAAAAACCAUCAUCAUGAUAAAACUACACCGCAGCAUUGUUCUUUAAAAUCCGCUCAUGUAAAUGGAAGACUGCGUUGUUGUUGUUGUUGUUAUUUCAUUGCUGCACAAACUGUCCCUGCCUGUAGGAGGUGCUCAAAGUGCAGCAUUGUUAUACUUAUUGCUUUUACUCGAGUACUGUUCUGAAGCACAUUUCGAGGUACUUUUUACUCUAACUUUCACUUCUGCCCACGUCUUCUUCCCCUCCUGUAAAUAUUGUAAUUUUUGAUUUGAAUACAUUUAUCUGACAGCUUUACGUACUUUGUAGAUUCAGAUUAUUUGUACAAAAUUUAAACUAUGAAGUUAUUCUAGAUGAUUAUAGAUUAACUCAGCCAGCAGUAUAUUACAUAGAUAAUAUAAACUUUCCCCCGACCGAGUGUGUAACUCAGUUGACGUUCAUAUUUAUACAUAAAUAACGUGACACGUUGAUAUUAUUAAGAAAGGCUCGCUCUAUAUUAUUACUUAUUUGUUUUGUUUAUUGACGUUUUUGAUGCAGUAAUGUUACUGAGCUGCUGAAUGCUGAAACAUUUUUGCAUAUUUGUGAGCUCUGUGUGCGUGGGGAAUUCAUAUUGGUCAGAUUUUGGUUGUUUCUUUUAACAGAACAGGUGAAUUAGUGGAAUGGAUUCAGUAAACCAGAGAGCACUGCAGCACCACCUCGCAUCUUCUAUCACAUCACACAUUUGUCUCAUGUUGAUCCUGCAUGGCUACUACAAGUCUGACCCCGUGUACCUGCUUACACCUGUCAUCACAUGACGCUGCUGCUGUGUGUCUACAUUUAAAAGCCCCUUACAUGAACCAUCAGAUUAUACAUACAGACCUUGUCUGGACUUCACUCUUUGUACUCUGUAAUCUCGUUUUAAGAAGCAGUGAUCUAUUAUCUUAUUACCCAUAUGAAUCACAUUCCUCUCUUUCACUCCACAUCCUUCCC